GUCAGCACAUUCCUGGCGAGUCUUUCCCGCAGGGGCACGCCGGGGGCAGCAGUCCUCGGGCGCAGCGUGCUGCUCGGGGGCGAGCCUCUGGAUCUUUCGGGGCACGACUCCCUGAAGCUCGGAGUGCACUCGGCACAGGGGCUGAGGCUCUUCGGCGCCGCCGCGCGUGUGGCACUUCUGGCGAGGUCCAGCGACUACGCGAUGGAGGGCCCCCUGGGCGGCACCGUCACGGCCGCGUUCGAAGUAGCGGCGCUGCUUGUCCUGCUCGGCAUGAGCCGCGGAGCCAUCUUCAAGGCUCCUGCCUCCGUCCUCCUGGCAGGCUCAGGCGCCGCCGUCUUCGCCUUCCGCAAUCGCCUGAACUUGUCCGGUGACGCGGUGUCCGACAGCCUCUUUGUACUUGCUCACUGCUGCGAUCUGCUCGCCGCGCUGGCGUACCUCCUGCGCGCCGCGCUGAUCGAAGGCAGCGGCUGGGGCGGCGUCUCGGUCGGCUUCGCUCAUGCGCUCAUGCCCCUCCAGGCCUCCCUCUCGGCGUACUACUUCCUGCAGGCGUUCCCUUUCAGCGCGGAGCUCGUGGCGCAGGGCCAGCCUUUUGCCGUGCUCCAGGCCGCCAACACCGUGGCCUGCGGUGCCUACCUUGCGGCGGCCGCCCUCUACGUCGCGGAGUGCCUGGAGGAGGGACGCCGCGCUCGGCGACGGGCCGCAGGCGCCGCUCUCGCGCCGGGGCGUCGCCGUGUGAGGCCGCAUGCCCGGGCGCGCCCCGAGCCUCCCCCCGCGCCCGCCGCCGCUCCCCUGGCGUCGGCUGCCGCGCCCGUAGAUAUGGACCGCAGUGUGCUGCCCCUCGGGUCCACCAUCGCGUCAAAACCGCCCGGGUCGACUCGUACUCGAUAG